UUAAUUCAAGCUUGAAUACAAACCUUCAAACAGGGCAUCGACCGAAAUUGGAAGGUAUCCGUAAUCGUUCUGACGGAAGGAUAUGCCUUGUCUCAAUCAUGUCUUGAUGUGAUUUUAAAGUGUAAAGAAAAAUUAGAUCGAUCAAUUCUAACCGUGUUCUAUGAUGUGGAUCCUUCUGAUAUAAGGAAGCACAAGGGAAAAAUUGGUGACAUGAACAAAGCAGUGGAAGGGAAAGUGUAGAAAGAUGGAGACAGGCACUUGCUGAAAUUUCUGACUUUGGGGGAAUGGUAUUGCAGAAUCAAGCUGAUGGGCAUGAGUCAAAAUUUAUUCGAAAGAUUGUUAAUGUCGUUACAAUUAGAAUAAGUCGGUCAGGUUUGUAUGCUACAGCUCACCUAAUUGGCAUAGAACACCGGGCUAGGCAUAUUAACUCGUGGAUGCAAGAUGGAUCAAGUGAUGUAGGCCUAUUGGUUGUCUGCGGGAUGGGUGGCAUAGGGAAGACUACCUGGCCAAAUUCAUCUACAUGUCAAACUUUCAUGUUUUUGAAAGCAGCAGUUGUGUGCUUAGCAUUAGAGAAGUUUCCAAGCAACCUAAUGGCUUAGUUAAGUUGCAGAAGCAAAUACUUUCCGACAUUCUGAAAAAGGACAAGGAAAGAGUAUCAUGUGUUGAUGAAGGAAUUGUAAAGAUUUCGGAUGC